UGAAAAAUAACCUAUACUUUUACACCCACAAAUACUUUUGUCUACAUAGAUGACGUCACACAGCAAUAUGGCAGCUUCCGACAAAACAUCAACAAGUGGCACUGCUGCAACUGGACCUCUCGAAAGAUUACGUAGAGUGUCAAAAGAGGAUGUAUGCUUCAAGAUAUUGCCAGCACUCGGGGGAGUGAGUUACCAACUGUUUUCAGCGCACAUCAUGAAUCCAAACUGUUUUCGGGAUCUCUUUGAUGACCAUCAUGUUGUUGUAGCCAACAGCUUGUGGUUCCAGUCCCACAUUGGAGUGGGCUUGUACAUGUUUGGAAGCAAACAUCUCCAACAGGUGUCUGUUCAAAGAAGAAUUCUCUACAGUGUGUUUGGUUCAUUUCUCUUCAACUUUGGAUCUGUUUUGUUUUGGGCAACAUGUAAAAGUCUGCUGUUCCCACAACCUGUUGUAAGGACCAUAUUUGGUCUUGGAUCAGGAUUUGUUCUGUUAUUUAUUGGCAGAGAAUAUGUUGAAUACAUUGAUGCCAGAUUAUCCAAAGCUUCUUAACUUAGUACGAUGAACUACCUCUGUGCUCUAGUCGAAAUAAUGAGUGCCAGUUGAGUGUUGUGUUGAUAGCUAGAAAUGAUCGGUGAUUGAGGAUGAGGGUUUGUGUGGAUUGCGUUACAUGUUCUUCAUGUGACAUGCUGUUACAUGUUUUACAACAGCAGUUUUUGAUAUUUGCAAUUUGCAAUAACCAGUUUGCUAGUGUUUAUCAUUAUCAGUGCAGUACCCAAUAUUUACAAGGGGUUGAAGGGAUAUUGUUUGCUUGAAAUUUGCUGUACUUAUGUUUUAGUCUGCAAACACAUUUCUUUAUUUUUUUAAGUUACUUGUUUACUUGUUGAAUGUGCCUUCAUAUUUUAUGUAGAAGUGCUCUGAGUCUGAUGCAUGGGAUAUAUACCUUUGAGAGUAUGUACAAAUUAGCAAAUCACCACACUUUUAUGUGUAGAUAUCAUAUAUAGAUAUUUCUGAUGCUUGCAUCAUUUAUGUUGCCUUUAGAACAAUUCACCUGGAAAAUAAUUAUGAACUGCUAACUAUAUUAUGUUUCCAUUUCCAUAAAAUAACCAUUUAAAAAAUAGAUCAUGAAUGUAUUUUCUGAUGAAAAACAUUGUUUACAAGAGACAAAGUCAUAUUCAAAUGUAGAACCAAAACUGAUUAGUGGUAUGCAAUGACAUAGUAUUUAAGUAUUCCAUGCCACUAUUUCAGUGUUCCAUGCCACUACUUAAGUAUUUCAUGGCACUAUUUAUUUGACUGCCCUUUUGGCUGCCUCCCCUGCUGUAUACAUGAUGUGACUGACUGACUGAGUUUGGUUUUACGCCGCUUUUAGCAAUAUUCCAGCAAUAUCACGGCGGGGGACACCACAAAUGGGCUUCACUCAUUGUACCCAUGUGGGGAUUCGAACCCGGGUCUUCGGCGUGACGAGCAAACGCUUUAACCACUAGACUACCCCACUGCCCCAUACAUGAUGUGACCAAGUACUCAGGACCAUCUGGAGGAAUAUACAGCAGUCUCCUCGUUCCAGUUUUCCAUCAUUUAUCAUUUAUGAAAAGAGGUCUGUGUCAUGGAUAUUUGCAAGGGACACUUGGAAAUUUUUAAAAGAAAUAUUUAGUGGUAUAUAUUGCAUAACCUUUUUUUAAGGUGUGUAUCUGUGGUAAAUUAUGUGAAUUUGACAUGUUCGUCAUGUUUUAUUGGAAGGAGAAACUGCAGCAUGAAACCAGACCAAUUUUAUUCCUUGUUUUACAGAUCUGCCGGUCGUAUUUUUUUCAAGAAUAAGAAAAAAACCAAUUUCCCUGCUCGAAAAAUAAAAUCCUAAUGUUAAGAUACACGGAAGCAAGACUUCGACUACGCAAAGCAGUUUGUUGGACACUAAAACACCAGUAUCUGUUCUCAGUAACUUUAAACUGAAUUAUCUAACAAUAUUUGUGUUAGAAAUCAGUCCUUCGAGAGCCUCAGAGAGUGUUAACUUGAAAAACAAUGCCUUUGAAAAACUCAUGUGGGUUUUCGCUUUGACUGGUGAUUUUUUAUUUAUUUUUUCCCCUCCUGCAUUUAGGUUUUCUGAGGACAAAAAUCCGUAAAACAAUGAAUAAAAUUGGUCUGGCCUUAGAAAAUAACAUAAGUUUGUGUUUAUGUAAUUUAGUGCACAAGCCUGUAUGGCUGAAACAUUUGUUCAUAUCCGGGACAAGAUUUUCUGGACUGAUUUUCUUUGGUAGUUAUUUGUGAUUCAUCACUAUUUGAAAUGAUUACAUAUGCAAGAAUUGAGAAAAUGAAACAGCUGCUCUUUAUCAUGUUUUUCUGUUUCGUUUCAUGAAAAAUAUAAUUCAUUUAUCGCAAGAAGCAUCCUCUUUUAUCCAAUGUAUUAUAACAGAUGUUAUGUUAUGAUGAAUACCCAUUAGCUGCCAUAUGUACCAUUUAGAAGUGACCUCACAGCACAUGCUGCCUUAUCUCUAACUUUGCACAGUAUUUAUGUUGCACCUGAGCAUAAUAUCAAUGACAAAUCAAAAUGUCUCUUCUGACAAUAUCGGGAAUACGGCAUAUAUCUUUGUUCAAACUCAUCACCUUAUUCCAACUAUCACUCCACAAAUUUAAUAGAAUCAGAAGACUGUUCUAAUGACAAAUGUUACAGCUUGGAAAUGUUUCCUCCUUAGUAAUAAGAUGGAGAAAGAAGCCAUUUAAUUUCAGCAUGUUCAAACUGUAUUUGUGAUAGCACAUUGAAGUUGAGUCAGGUAUUGGAGAUAUCACAACUUCUCCCUGUCACAAACAUAAACACUGAUGCAUUUUGAUUGGAUGUCUAUUUUUAGUGUAGUGUCAUAUGAACAGCAUUCAAACCAAUGGUCUGAUGGUUCCAGGGAAUUUAUCAUGACAUACACAUAAUGCACUGGAUAUACCAGGAUGGCCAGUAGGAAAUCCAAGUCCUUGAGUCUAGUAGGGUGAUUGGGUUAGUUUCAGACACUGAUUAAGAUGGAGCUCUUGAACAAAACUGCUUUAAAGAUUUAACUUAUUAAGUUUGAAUGUACACAUUUGUAGAUUAUGCAGUAUUUCUGAUUAAUGAUUUUGUUGUCUAAAGAUUUUAUCCUAACGCUGCCUUCAGUGCUUGAAUGUGGUGAGAAGAGAUGGUUUAUAGUCAAACCAUAUUUUCUCAGUGAUAUUUUCAGUAUUGCCCAUCUAUAUUCAAACACUACACUGCUGGGGGCACCACAGUGGCAUUAAGAACAAAAAUAUCCUCAGAGCACCUGUUUCAUGUGGUUAUCAUUCCUGUUGUCUGUGUUGCUGCCACAACCAACACGCUAUAGUUAAUUGCACAAUCUUCCACAAAUAAAGAUAAAAGUUACUAGAGUAACUCUGAGAUGUGUGAUAAAACUGAACAUUCACUCAUGUAUUUGAAAUAUGUCUGUUGUAACAAAAGGGCAUUUGUAUUGUUAGUGUUAAAAGUUCUAUUUUCCAAAGACCGCAGUGCCAAAAAGGAGGAAUGAAGUUAAUUCAGCAACCAGAAAUUGCAUCUGAAGCCAAAAUUCGUUUUGGAAGUCGACUUAGACAGUAUGUGAUGUAAUUGGUGCAAUUUGUUCAAACAGAACAAAACUCAGCAAAUGAUCUCUAUUUUUGUGACAUUUUCCAGAUUUUGGAUUAAGCUAUGGUCAAGGGGCAAUCUGGGCAAACAAAAUCAGUGAACAUUCCACGUAGCAAAUCCAGAUAAAGAAAAAUGAAUUGGCUAUUUAAUAUCAGGGGUUUAGGCUGGUGAUUUGUUUAAAAUCAAAAAUGUUUUUGAGGAAAUGUGUCUUUAAGACCCUCCAAUCCAACCAACUUCUCUUUUCUGUUUGUAAGUUAUUUCUUAUCAGUAAAAUGAUGCAAUAACAUUAUCAAUAUUUUAAUAGUCAGUAAGUACUGUAUUAAUGAUCAUGAACUGUUAAUGAUCAAAGCCUACAACAUAAAAUAAAUGUGUCCCUGUCCCUGAUCUUGUGGUCAGUCAUGAAUUAAUGGAACAAAGCUUAAUUUGAGGUGCUGUGUAACCAGACUGUAUUGAAACAUGUCAGUUACUAUCAGUUGUUGCGAGGUCUGUUAUUUGGAAGAUAUAGAUUCAUGAUAUGUUUCAGAACACAUACAGUAUUGAACAUAUUAGGCACUGUCAACUGAUCAAAGCAUAAUAUUGUUUGUUACGUUUACAGCGAAUAUUGGCUGUUCAUAUUUACACAUUCUUCAUAUUCCUCUGUCAAAGUAUAUGCAGAUUUACAAUGAAAACCACUUGUGUUUGUCUAUUUUCUUGCUUGUAUCAGCUUGACAAUGUAAGUCUAUAUCAUUUUGUUGAUUUUAUGGAGUUUUAGCUUACAUAUAUAUACAGUGUUAUACACCUAGAUAGUUUGAAUACUUAUUAGUCUAUUCCGAGAAUAAAUGUUUACUCUGUAUUUUGUUACAUUA